AUGGGAGGUGAGUGCGUGCCGGACCACUGUCGUGAGUGUGGAAGCGCGGACGUCGUGACGGACUUUAGUGCAGGUGACGUUGUAUGUCGCAGCUGCGGUAUGAUCCUCGGUGAGCGCAUAAUAGAUGAUUCUCCCGAAUGGCGAACGUUUGCUAAUGAUGAUCGGGGUGGUGACCCCGCUGCAAAAUCCAGGGUCGGUGACGUCGCGGACGUGCGGCUCGAUAGUGUCUCUUUAUCGACGUAUUUAGUCGACCCCAAGAAAAGCGGCGGGGGGACGGACAAUUCGUCGGGACAUCAACACAAGAGGCCUAAUAUUUCAGGUGAUAGUGCCAAGGUCAAGAGAAUGCAGCGUACAAUGACGCGUAUACAAGAAGUUGCAGACUUUUUAUCGUUACCGAAAAAGAUUGUAGAGAUUGCAUUGGACGUAUACGCAGAAGCAGAGAAGCAAGGCAUUAAUAUGCGAGGACCUGAACGAGAGAGUAUGGCUGUUGCAGUGCUGUUUAUUGCGUGCAGGAAGGCUGGGAAUGCUCGGUCGUUCAAGGAAUUUGAGGACGCGUCGGGCAUCCCGAAGCGACGUAUUGGCAAGUCCUUUAUGACUUUACAGCGCCGUUUGAAUCUCGAGGUUAAACAAGCAACGACGGAGGAAUACGUUCAACGCUUUUGCUCGAGACUUGGUUUACCAAAUAAGACACAGAUGAUUGCACAUGCUGUGGCAAAGAAGGCAGACAGUCUGGAAUUGUCUAGUGGACAGCCUCCUGUUGCUGUAGCGGCUUCUGUGAUUUACCUCGUGGCAGCUUACACGAAUGCAAAGCGCUCUAUUCAGGAGAUUAGCGAUGUAACGAUGAUUGGUGAGAAGAGCAUGAAAAGAGUGUGCAAGGAGCUAAACAAGAGUCGUGUGAUGCUCUUUGAAGGUGUGGUGAUGACAUAG